ACGGACAUUUUCGGUCAACUUGACGCUCGUUUUUUUUUCUGCUUUCCUUAGGGGAUCAGCGUGGCAUCACUUCAAUUUCUGCCCAAUAACGAUCUUCGAACGAUGCAAUGUUCCUUUUCGGCAGUGCGGCACUUGGAUUGCCAUGGUGUCAAACGAGGCGCUGAUGAUAUAUAGAUGAAGCUUUGGCCGAACCCUUCGAACAAGCUUAGAUGUUUAUUAUCAUCCGCUUGAUCUUUUCUGAAAUACCACUUUAUGAUUGCAAUCGAUAUCAAAUUCUCCCUUCAAGCAAGUAACAAUGGGCUUCAAAGUCAUCAUUGUUGGCGGCAGCGUCUCGGGCCUCUCUUUGGCUAACAUGCUGGAGAGGCUUGACAUCGACUACACCCUCCUCGAAGCAUACCCCAAUAUUGCGCCACAGGUUGGCGCGAGUAUUGGUCUACUACCCAAUGGAUUUCGCAUCCUUGACCAACUUGAUUGUUUUGAACCAAUCCUCGAGAUGGUUGGAGAAUACCACCUGAAAAAUAGCCUCUGCGGCCCAGAUGGCAAACCACUAGGCCCGCCUAGCAUGGUGAAUAUCCAACAUCUAGAAGCUAGGCUUGGGUACCCAUCCAUCUUCAUCGACAGACAGAUGCUUCUUCAGGUUCUCUUCGACAACCUGAAGAACAAAGAUAAAGUCAUACCAGAAAAACGAGUCGAAAAAGUGGAACUUCUCAAGGAAGGGGUGCGUGUACACACCAAAGAUGGCUCCGUUUUCGAAGGCGACAUCGUGGUCGGGGCAGACGGCAUUCACAGCACCGUCCGGGAGGAGAUGUGGCGCAUCGGCCAUGAAGAACGACCAGGCUACUUUCCUGUUGACGAACACUCUCGAGUACCCGUCGCGACGAAAUGCAUCUUUGGCAUUUCCAAACGCCCAAGCAACCUCCCCAUCCACAAUCAGCAGAUGGUCUUCAACGAAGGCCGAAGUUACCUCAUCAUCAGCGCACCUGGCAAUCGGACAUACUGGUUUCUGUUCUCGGGCGUCGGAGACACCAAGUACGGAAAGGACAUACCAAAGUACUCGAAGGAAGACACCGAGAAGCUGGCUCUGGAGCACUGGGAAGAUCUAGUCUUUGAAAACGUCACAUUUGGCGACGUCUACAAGAAUAAGAUCAUGGCUACUUUGGUGCCUCUGGAGGAGUACGUCUUUGAGAAGUGGCACUACCGACGAAUCGUAUGCAUCGGCGAUGCUAGUCACAAGAUCGAUCCCAUCUCUGGCCAAGGAGGUAACGGUGCCUUGGAGGCUGCGGCGCUCCUCACAAAUGCCCUGACCGACAUGUUGGAUAAGAACCCCAAGUCUCAGCCGACGGAAAUUGUCGAGGCCGCCUUAGCCCAAGUUCACAUCAACCGCCACGAGCGAGCAAAGACCUUGGUAGCGAAUGCCCACACCCUUCAGCAGGUCUUAACAGGAAGAUCGCCAUACUCCAAGAUAGUCACCAAGUAUCUCGUCCCCGUAUUGGGUGAUGAAGGCUUCCUCGGCACAGCGGUCCCCAUUUGCAAGGCAAGCCACAGGGUUUACAGGCUUCCCUUGCCCCGGCGACGUCGCCUUGUGCCUUUUGACGAUGAACUUCCUGCCCGACCAAUGACAACCCAAGCAGCAUCGGGAAUGGCUCUGGCCUUGGCAUCCGGGUCUUUCGCGGCAUUGCUCUACUACUCUGGCGGUUUCACCCACUUCUCUGAGUUGAAAGAAAGCGUCAGACUAUGGAUAUCCGGAGCAUGGGAUCUUGGCCUCGCUCAAGCAACUUCAAAUCUAACAAAGACAUCCUCGCUUGGUAUCCUUGUUGAACAAAUACAGUUCAAGACAAGUCUCUUCUCAGCUCUAGUCAUCUGGCUUGCAGAGAGUCAUCGAUUUGGCAACAGACUUUCGGUCCUCCUAUGGCCUUCGAUUUCCGCUGCCGCUUUCACGACCUUCGGACCCAAAGCCGUUAUGCCACUCCUAGGCCUCGGCAUAGUCACUCGAGGCACCAACACUCUGCCUGGUAGACACGUACCAGUCAAAUACGCCAAGGCGAUUCUCCCGUCAGCCAUCGUUGGCUACGCCAUCCCCGCGAUUCUCGCCAGCCUGCCAAUUCAAGACGCACAGCUCCGACAAGCCAUAGGACUCAUUGCAUCUGCCGCUCCAGUCAUCAGCGCGGCUCUACUUAACGGCAUUGCCUCGGUCAUACAGAAGGUGAGGGAUGUAACCUCAUCCACGAAGGCCACCAAAGACGUAAAGGAAACAGGCAAGGACGAGUUUAAUGAAAUGUACGACAGAAAGGAUGUAGUACCUCUCGAGAUGGCAUAUACAUUCGCGGCGGGGGCUUGCGCUACCGUCCAUAUGGCGAGCGCGGUAUAUCCGAUCCUGGCCACAACUUCAUCCAGCAACUUGGCAAAUGGCCUCAACACGAGCACCGGCUUAUUCGGACUCGCUUCUGUUGCUUUGUCCCUCUACUCGGCUUGGAACUUGCGAUCAGAGGGAUUUGUCACAACCAGGCAGGCAUUACUGGGCUUUCUGGGGUCCAUUGCCGGCGGCUUUGCCGUAGGCCCCGGUGCAGCGCUUGCAGGUUUCUACUACUGGCGUGAAAGUGUUUUGUAUGACUUGAGCGACUGAGGUAGUCAUUUGUAUCGGGGAGUCCAGAGGAACCACGUUGGAAGGUGUAGGAUAUUUCAUGAAUUAGAUUAUUCCCCAUACUUUAGCAAGAUGAGUGGUAGAAUUGCGUUGCAGCUCACAUCUAUCACUAUCAUCAUACCAUGGCUUACAAGCAUCAGAAGUCAAAGUUGUUGCCGGCGCCAGCCAACAGGAACUCCAGAGCCGACGGAAGCUGCAGCAUAUCCAUGGUAUCCGCAUCAGUAAGGCCCAUAUCGUCCCCUACGAAGCCAGUGCCAUAAGGCUGACCGCCUUGAGACAUAUUCCCAACUACAGCUGCCGCGUACUGCUCCACAGGAUCUCUAGCUAGACUAUGCCCUGGUGCCGCAUCUAUAUGCUGUGAGCCAUAAGCUGCGC